UUCCGCGCUCCCCGUCUGCCCUCCUCGACGCCGCGGUCCACCCCGAGCUCCGGCGCCAUGUUCAAGAAGCGAGUCCCCAAUCCCCCAUGCCAAUUCCUCUUCUCAUACCUAGAUCCGUCGCGAUUUAGAUUCGUGUCGUCGAGACUGGAACUUGCUAGUCCUUUUCUUUUUCUCGGGAGAUCUGUUCGUGUAGUCCUCCAUCGCCGGUAGUACGGGUUUAGCUUCAGAGUCUUGAGAGAAUCUAGUAGUGCAAUUGGACGGAGAUGUAAAUUUUCUUGCUCCUGCCAUGGACGAGUACCUCUAUGCCGCUCUAAAUGCCUUAUGAUUAACAUGCAUUGUUGUGCUCAUUGCCAUCAUUUGCAUUCUAUGCAAGAUUUUUGUACCACAUGAACAGACUCACCAUGACAAACGCCUGCUCUCUUAUUUAUCCGUAGGUUCUCUUCCGAGGAUAUAUCAGGGCAGAAUCAGGUCAAGGCGUCUGUGCAGCGGAGAAUCCGGCAAAGUAUCGCCGAGGAGUACCCUCUCCUUGAACCUCUGCUGGAGGACAUGCUCCCGAAAAAGUCGCCAAUGAUCGUGGUUAAAUGCCAAAAUCAUCUGAAUCUUGUGGUGGUGAAUAACGUCCCUCUGUUCUUCAACAUCCGUGAUGGACCGUACAUGCCGACGCUGCGCCUUCUUCAUCAGUAUCCGGAGAUCAUGAAGAAAUUCCAAGUCGACAGAGGUGCUAUCAAAUUUGUUCUCUCUGGUGCCAACAUAAUGUGCCCUGGACUGACAUCGCCCGGUGGUGCCUUGGACAGUGGAGUCGAGGAGGAAACACCAGUGGCUAUCAUGGCUGAAGGCAAACAACACGCAUUGGCAAUUGGAUUUACAAAGAUGUCAGCGAAAAACAUAAGCACCAUUAACAAAGGAAUUGGAGUUGACAACAUGCACUAUCUAAAUGAUGGCCUGUGGAAGAUGGAGCGGCUCGAAUAAGUAGAAUUGCAGAGGAAGCAGGAUUUGCGACAUGGUCAUAUGGAACUGUAGCCAGGCGCAUCAUGUGUUGUGUAAACAGAGAAAAUAGCCAGCAACGGUGUUCGCCUGAGUGAAUCCUCUGAGUUUAGGCAAACGCUUUAGUUGGUAAUGUUUUGCUGCUAAGAUUCUUGUAUGAUGUCGCAUCGCUGAUCAUUUGCACUUUUAUAUACCAGUAACAGUUCAGAA